UCAAAGAAUGCACAAAACAGUGCCAUUUAUUUUAGCAUUUUUAUUCAUAUUAAAUAUGAUGAUAAUUAAAUAUGAAGAUAAUAAUAAUAAAAAUCUUGUCAGAUUGUUUGAGAAAAGAGCUGUAAAAUCAUUUUCUAAGAAACGAAGUUUUCAAUUUGAAGAAUCCAGUUUAGAAUCAAGAUCUAAUAUCAAAAUGAUACUUGAGACAAAUAGCAAGUGGGGGAAAAAGGAGGAGAAUGAGGAGAAUGAAGAGAAGGAGAUGAGAACGAGGGAGAAGGAGGAGAAAGAGAAUGAAGAGACGGAGAUGAGAACGAGGGAGAAGGAUUUAAAGUUCCAGAGUGAAAUCAUUGUGAAUGGAGAAUACAAAAUAAAUUCUGAGUAUCAAAGAGAAGGUGAUCGUAGGAUUGCCGAGGAUCAGAAAGGAGACAAUCUCCAGAUCACCAAUGAUCGUAAAGUGAAGGAGUUCUAUGUGAGGAAGAGAAAUGCUACAACUAAGAUGAAUAUACCGAAGGGUGAUUAUAUUGACAAGCUAGAAAACUUGAUUAGCGGUCAUCUUACACCUGCAGAACUAGUUGCCAGUCCGAAGCCUAAUGCUGUUGAUAUUGGAAUGAUCAUAGUUAAUCCUAAGAAAUCCUCUCAUUUUGGUUAG